CGCGUGAUGCUGCUGCACAGCAAGCUCUUCACGGACGCCUCGUCGCGCAGCAUCGGCGCCCUCAACAAGAUCAACUUCAACACGCGCUUCGUCAUGAAGACGCUCAUGACCAUCUGCCCCGGCACCGUGCUGCUCGUCUUCAGCAUCUCCUCCUGGAUCAUCGCCGCCUGGACGGUCCGCGUGUGCGAGAGGUACCACGACAAGCAGGAGGUGACCAGCAACUUCCUGGGGGCCAUGUGGCUCAUCUCCAUCACCUUCCUCUCCAUCGGCUACGGUGACAUGGUGCCGCACACGUACUGCGGCAAGGGCGUCUGCCUCCUCACCGGCAUCAUGGGUGCUGGCUGCACGGCCCUUGUUGUCGCCGUCGUCGCCCGCAAGCUGGAGCUCACCAAAGCCGAGAAGCACGUGCACAACUUCAUGAUGGACACGCAGCUCACCAAGCGGGUGAAAAACGCGGCCGCCAACGUACUCAGGGAAACGUGGCUCAUCUACAAACACACCAAGCUGGUGAAGAAGAUCGACCAUGCCAAAGUUCGGAAACACCAGCGUAAGUUCCUCCAAGCCAUCCAUCAAGCCCAGAAGCUGCGGAGCGUGAAGAUGGAGCAGCGGAAACUGCACGACCAGGCGAACACGCUGGUGGACCUGGCCAAGACCCAGAGCAUCAUGUACGAGCUGGUGUCGGAGCUGCAGGAGCGCAACGAGGACCUGGAGAAGCGGCUGCGGGCGCUGGAGAGCAAGAUCGAGGCGCUGGGGCUGAGCCUGCGGGCGCUGCCCGCGCUCGUGGGCCAGGCGCUGGGGCAGCCCCCCGCGCGCCGCCCGCCCGCGCGCCGCCGCCGCCGCUCGCCCUCGGGCGGCCCCUCCGCCUCCUCGGACAGCGGGUGA